GCUGUUCAAGAGCGCAGUGGGCGAAGGAGGAAAGCUCCCAAAAGAGACGAGCAGGAGUCUGGUGCCGUUUGUGAGAACAACACUGAUGGAGGGGACCUCUGGGACUCUGCUUAGCAAAAGCAGAGCGGCGUGAUAGUGAGCUCUGCAAGCAGGGACUUUGGAGAAUUAAUUGCAGUUUUGGAAGUUUUUCCCAUUUUUAAACCUGACUCAAUUGGCAAAAUGCCUGCACCAGUUCCAGAACUGUGGAACUACAUCCCAGAAGAAAUCCUCAUCCAAAUUUUCUAUUAUCUUUCUCUUCAAGAUAGAUACACGGUCUUCCAAGUGUGCAGACAGUGGGCUACAGCUGUUUCUUCUAGCUCUGUUUGGCAUUUCACAGAGAUCAGCUGUGAUUCAGAGGAUGAGGAAGGCAUGCUGCAGAGCCUGCUCCAGUUUCUCAGCCAAAUCAAACACCUGAAAAUUGUGUUUGACCAGUCCAAGGAGGUCAACCGGAAGAAUGUGACACGCAUCUUGGAUAUUUUGGCAAAACAGAACCACAAGCUGCAGCAGCUAUGCAUUGUGUGCCAUGGGGAGAAUCCCUAUUUCUACUCUGGCCAGGACAUCCUACAGAGCAUACGGAAUAUAUGUGAUGCUAAAAACCAGAUAGAUCUUCAGCAUAUUGAUUUUCGAAAAAUGCCCUUCACUCUCGAUGGUGAGCUUGUCGAACUCUUAGCUACCACCAACCCAAACUUGCACAGUUUGUUCAUCAACAACCGCACCCUGGUAUGCAACGUGGCACCAGACACCAUUAGGAAGGUUCUCAGAGCGUGUCCCAAGCUCUCAGCCUUGGGGGUUUAUUAUGCAAGUUUGUCUGACGAUGUAUUUCAGGAACUGCUCAAGCCCGAAAGAGCAGCUUUUACCCAUUUAGACAUUUUCUGUGAGCGCCUGGACAAAUAUAUACCGGUCAUCUCAGAAGAGCUCUGGGCUGCUGUAAGUCAAAAGCAUCCUCAACUCUGUGUAGACCUAGAGUUUGAUCAUACGGUCCCUGCCUGCAAAAUACCGCGGAUUCUAAAGCUGAAUAUACCUGUGAGCACGCUGCAACUUAAUACCUAUAAUUACAUGGUCAGUCAGAUUAGGUUUGUCACCCAGAGCUACAGCAGUACUUUAAAGAAGCUGACACUGCAAACCACAUCCUCGGAGGACUUAAAUUCCUCGCUAGUAGAUCUGGCUAGGCAUUGCAGAAAUCUGUUGGAGAUCCACUGCUACUGUGUGGUCAGCCAGGAGGUGGUAGAAGCGUUCCUCACACACUGCCCCAGUCUGAAACAAUACACUCUGAAGGUCACAAAGGAACGGCACCCCUGGAAACCAGUAACAGUCCAGUGACCAGCUCCUACUGACUUCCUGGGGAAAUCGUGGGGAUCUGCAAGAGGACACGGAAAGAAGAUUUAGGGCUGUAAGGAAAAUGCUGCCAAAUGCCCUCUGCGCUCACUGAAAGCAUGCUGUUUCACCAGCACUGGCUGUUACAUAUGAUGCAUACCUGAUCUGCAGGCCAAGCAUUUACACUCAAAUGUGAUAGAGAAAAAGUUAUACAGAGAAAU